AUGGCGGCCAAGAACGACGCCCGCUUCGAUCUAUCCCUGUCGAAUCCGAGGGCAGGCCACAACGCCGUUGGCGGCAACACCAUUCCGGAGGGCAACAAUAACGUCUCUUACAACCAUCUCCACCAAGGCGGCAACCAUAUCCACUCCUUCCAAAACCAAAGCCAGUACUCCAACAGUAAUCACCACCAGCAUAUGCACCAGCAUCAUCACUCGGUGUUGCAGCAUCAGCCACAAGGGCUGAGCCAAGAGCUCGGCUUGAGACCGAUUAGAGGCAUCCCGGUGUACCACCAGAACUCUUCUAGUGCUUUCCCAUUCGCCACUCAACUUCAACAUCUAGACCCAUCGCCAAUUCAUCACCCGAAUAGUAGUAACUCCCUAACAAAUAGUGCCAAUUCCAUCGCUUCGAACCUUUGCCAUUCACACGGGCUGGUGAGAUCGAGGUUCUUGUCGCGGUUCCCGGCAAAGCGGAGCAUGCGGGCGCCACGAAUGCGGUGGACGACUACGCUGCACGCCCGGUUCGUCCAUGCGGUGGAGCUGCUCGGCGGCCACGAGUAA